AUGUCUAGCUCACUACCGCGCCCCAAACGCGCCGGUGAGGAUCUCGCUCAUUUUCAAUACGAUGCCGUUGGCGAGGAAGCUUCAGAAAACAAAAAGCCACGCUUCGACCUGCGUAAUCCCUCGUCACUUGCUGCGGAUGCGCAAGAAGACGAUGCGAUUCUAGAUGCCGAUGAGAUUGGCCGACGUGGCCAGCAAAUACGACGCAAAGCGAUCAACCUCGACGGCUACGACUCGGACAGCGACAAUGAAGGCUUCUCUGGUCGCGGAGAAGAGAAAUCAAAGCGCAAACAAGAGAAGCAAGAUGCCGAUGAUGACGACAUGUUCGCCGAGCUUCAAGAAGACUUUGGCGAGGAGGAGGUCGACGGCGACGAAGUUUUGAACAAGAACAAGAAGAAUGUUCGUUUCCUGCGUGAUGACGAGAUUGAGGGACAGGUCGCUUCUUCGAAGGGUGGCGGAGCUCUCAAUGUGGAUCUGAGCAAGGGCGCAGAUCAGAUGGCUGAUGAAAACGAGUCCAGCGACAGCGAGGUUGGGGAGGAAGAGCGUGCGCGAGUUGACGAAGAUGUUGAUGAGGAACUUGGCGCUGGCGCGAAGAAAAAGCAUGCGCCUCUACUUGAUGCCUUUAACAUGCAAAAUGAACAGGAGGAAGGUCGAUUCGAUGACCAAGGCAACUAUGUUCGCAAGGCAGCAGAUGCGGACGCGAAAUACGACAAUUGGCUGGAUGACGUUUCGAAGAAAGAUAUCAGAGCGGCAAAGGCGGCUGCCGACAAGCGUGACGCAGAGCGCAAAGAGAAGGAUCGAAUGGACGACAGCGUUUUGACAUCGGAUGCCCUCAAGACUAUUAUCACACAUCUCGAACGCGGUGAAACUACACUUGAAGCAUUGGCCCGACUAGGCAAAGGUCUUCGCCGGAAGCCUAAGUGGCAGAACAAGAAGAACAAGAAAAAGGACACGGUUGAAGAUACUGAAAUGGCGGACGAGAACCCCGAAGAAGUAGCCCGCAAGCAGGCAAUUGAUGCUAUUACUGGCGCCGCCGAUAUCUUGAUGGGCCGGGGCCAGGUCGAGAUCUAUGAUACCGAGCGUGAAAUGCUCACUCGUCAAUAUCGCAAUGAGACAGGCGAACAAUGGGUCGACCCUCCCUCCGAGUCAGGGAAUGGGGAGACAGAGCAAGGGCCCACCAUGUGGGAAUAUCGCUGGUCUGAUGCUCGAGAUGGAGGGGAAGCCCAUGGUCCUUAUGAAAGUGCCAUGAUGGACUCAUGGAACAGUGCAGGCUACUUUGGCGCGGGUGUCGAGUUCCGCCGCGUCGGCGACACAGGGCCAUGGAGUAGCACUGUUACCUUUGUCUAA